UGUGAUUGACGUAGGUGUGAUGGAGGGGAGAGGUGUCGAUUGAAAAGACGAAAUGGCAGAUGAGAAAGAAAAGAUGAGAGGAGCUUCUCAAAGUCGGUGAUGGAAAAAAAAUCAAGCUUGCUGACUGGUGUGUGUGGGAAAGGAAGAAAAGAGAAGGGAGAGCUUCGGAAGAAUCGAGAGGAACAAGGUCGGCUAGGUCGCUACCUACACUAGCUGCUAAGGUUGCCGGGUUGGGGGGAACAGUUCAAUCACCUGGCAGUCGGUACGGCGUCGGCCCUUGGGAAGUGCGGGAAGGUGGGAAGUACUCUAUGGAAAGUACACUAUCCUAGGGUUAGUACGUCGUAGAGCGACAAGAGUGACAAGAGUAAGAACCCAAACCCAAAAGCAUAGGCCACGAUUCGAUACCCACAGGAAUGUGGAUGACGAGUGGACCCCUACAACCAAAAAUGAUCAAAGCUUCCUGAGAAAUUUUUACUACGUAGUGGAGGCUACCUAAUUAGGACAAGGCUGACGAUAAUUUUUUUACCGUUUGGUAAAAAAGAAGCGCCGCACUCGGGGAAUACCGGGUCUUCCCUUAACAGAAACCCGAGCUUAUUUUAUGAAAAAGUCUUUUCUGAGGCUUUUUUUCAUUACCUUCUUGGCGAGCUUCACGAUCCAUGACUUCCGUCUGGUUAUUUUCCCACAAACAUUCGAAUUUGGAUUGUUGCAUCCUAACUUGGGUUUCAAUAUUCAUACUUUCUUCCAUUUCUCGAUGCCAUUAUAUUUCAGCUUGCUUCUUACUUACAUCAAUAGUUGAUUCUGUAAACUUGCAUAUAUUUGUAGUAGUACAUAGCACACUGCAAAAGAAAAGCAAAGAAUUAAAAUUAAGAUUAGGAAUUCAAGCAACCCCCACCAGUAAACCCCCACUAAAAAUUCAUCGUCGCCAAUGCUUAAGACCUCUAAAAACACGUGGGCGGAGCUUCACAGGUAGUACACAACACACAGGCAAGAGGGCGGAGCAAGAAAAGAUAAAAGCUCGUUGCACCCUCGGGUUCCG